AUGAUGUCAAUUUCGGAGAAAUCACUGCCCUGCUCGCCUUCUUCUUCCUCCUCGUCAUUGUCAUCGAUGUCGGUCCAAGAGUUUGAUCCAUUGUUAAAAGAUUUGAACGAGAAAAAGCAGAGCUUUCGGCGGAACGUGGUGUCUUUAGCAUCGGAGUUGAAGGAGGCUCGGAACCGCUUAGCUUCUCAAGAGCAAUCAUUUGAAGCACAGAUGAAGGCUAAAAACUUGGAAGAGGAGAUUGGUAGAUUGCAGAAGAGAUUGGAACAUAGAAAUGAGAAGCUUGAGGCUUCAGCAUCUACUGCUGAGAAGUACCUCACGGAAUUGGAUGGUCUGAGAUCACAGCUUGCAACCACUCGGGCAACUGCAGAUGCUAGUGCUGCAUCAGCUCAGUCGGCACACCUACAGUGUUCAGCACUUUUGAAGGAAUUAGAUGAAAAGAAUUGCUCAUUGAAAGAGCAAGAUGAUCGUGUAAUUAGGCUAGGCGAGCAAUUAGAUAAUCUGCAGAAGGACCUUCAGGCACGAGAGUUUUCCCAGAAGCAACUGAAAGAUGAAGUUUUGAGAAUUGAGCAUGACAUUAUGCAAGCUGUUGCAAAAGCAGGGGUGAACAAGGACUGUGAGCUGAGGAAAAUAUUAGAUGAGGUUUCGCCAAAGAAUAUUGAGAAGAUUAAUAAGCUUUUAGUUGCAAAAGAUGAAGAAAUAGCAAAGUUGAGAGAUGAAAUCAGGGUAAUGUCUGCUCAUUGGAAGCUCAAAACUAAGGAGUUUGAAUCACAGUUGGAGAAACAACGGCGAGCAGAUCAGGAACUGAAAAAGAGGGUAUUGAAAUUAGAGUUUUGUCUCCAGGAAGCUCGUUCUCAAACACGAAAGCUUCAAAGGAUGGGUGAGCGAAGAGACAAAGCUUUGAAAGAGCUCAGAGAUCAGUUACAGCGGAGUGGUGGUGGAGCUUCAGCUGCUGAAAGCCAAAAUUUCUGGGAAAGCUCUGGUUUCAAAAUCGUGGUGUCCAUGUCCAUGUUGAUCUUGGUGGUGUUCUCAAAGCGAUGA